UUUAACAAAUCAACGCAUUAGUUCUUGAAUUCUCCUUUAAGUAAUCGGAUACUUUUUGAUUGAAUAAAGUUACAUUCUAGCUGCUUCUGAGAAACCUUUCGGAAGGGAUUAGAGGCUCUACAAUGAAAAGCUUCCUUCUCGUUUGUCUAAAUCAACCUAUUCAAGUUACCUUUGAUUCCUACCCAUCUUUGAACAGUAUUUCACGGUUGUCUCGCAUAUAUUCAUCUCCUCGUUUUACCUCUAUCCUGAAGCUUUUUCAGGACAGCAGUUCCUUGUGUUUCAUGCAGGGCAUAGCAUGACAUGUCCACCAGAUCAGAUCAGGCUGUUGUUUGGUGGAUUAUUUCAGCGAAGCGCCUCUGACUGUUUCUCUAGUUGAUUUGAGACUCCAGUUGCUGAGAAGAACAUAGAGCUCAAAUCAAAACCAUGUGGAAAUAGCUUCUCCGGCGAAUGAUCGAAGUAGCUUAAUCAAAUGCAGGCUCCGUCAGUGGCCCGAGACCAUGUUUCGGUCCACAUUCAUCCCGUUGAAGAUGAACUCGUGUCUUCCAUUCAGGAAAAGAUGGAGGGAGCUUCAUCCUCAAUCGAUAUCUGCAGAGUGCCUGAGCGACUGCACGGGCAAAAUAGGGGGCACUACUUCCCGGAAUUGGUCUCUGUCGGACCUUACCACCGAGGUGAAUCGACUCUCAAGGAUAUGGAGAAUCAUAAGUGGCGCUACUUAUUUACACUCCUAAACCGAAAGCCCGACAUAGGAUUGACCUUGGACAAGUGUGUGAAAUCGCUGCGAGAGUUGGAGAACCGAGCUCGUCGGUCCUAUGAAGGAGAUCUCGGCCUCUGCAGCAACGACUUCAUUGAAAUGAUGCUUGUCGAUGGGUGUUUCAUCCUCGAACUCUUCAUUAAGUGCUCGAACAGGAGGCUCCGGCGUAGGAAUGAUCCUCUCUUUUGCACUCCCGGGAAGCUCUAUAACUUGAGGUGCGAUCUGGUGCUGCUGGAGAAUCAGAUUCCUCUGUUCAUCCUUCAGCGAUUGUUUCAGAUCGUGCCGAUUCCGAAACAGUGCACACAUUCUCUGUUCGAUCUUGCCUUUAGGUUCUUCAAGAGUUUCAUCCCCGGAGAACCGGAAUAUCUCCAAGAAAAGCUCAACGAAGAAGCUCAUCAUUUGCUCGACUUGAUCCACAACUGUUUGACACCAGCAAAUUACACAAAGAAAGAUGAACCGGCACGAAAAGUUCUGAAUCAGUGCGCAGUGGAACUUCAAGCUGCCGGAAUCAAGUUCAAAAGAUCGGUGACUAGAAGUGUGUUAGACGUCGAAUUCAGUAAAGGUGUCCUCCAUGUCCCAGCUCUGAGAAUCAACCAGAGAACGGAGACCCUUUUCAGGAACCUUAUCGCCCUCGAGCAAGGUCGGUGCGUCGACGCUCAGUGCGUGACUUCUUAUGCUUAUCUCAUUCACAAACUAAUGUCCUCGGAGAAGGACGAGAAGCUGUUCCGCAAACGCCAUAUAGUAUCAAACUACUUGAACAACGACACGAAGGUUGUCAAACUGUUUGGCGAUCUGUGCAAGGAUGUGAGCUUAGAGGAUUUCCACUACGAAGAACUCUGCGUACAGAUGAACGACUACAUCAACAGGAAAAAUCGCAGGACAUUGCAGCGCGACCAGAAGACCGAUCAACAAGCAAGCAAACUGCGCACACUCGUCGUCGUGGCGAUCAUCAUCCUGAUCAUGGUAUUCAUCGGGACGCUGUUCUCUGCAUUGUCGUUCAUCUUCCACCAUAACUAGCACACCGUGGACGCGAAUAAAUCGCUUUAUCGUCGCAUU